AUGACAAAAAUUGUAAUCUUGACCCUGAAUAAAGCUCAGCCCACAGUCUCAUUCUUAAUCUUCUGGAGCCUGCCCACCACAGCUCAACUCAGUAUUGUGUCCACCUAUUGUACCGAAGGGGAGGAUGUGGUUCUGCGUAUCCGCAAUAAACCUCCUGAGGCUGUACUCUAUGUGUGGUAUAAGGGGAAAGGCGUGGACAAAAAUAAUAUAAUUGGGUUUUUUAUUAUGACAUUAAGUUUUCAUUUAAGUGGUCUUGAAAACAUUAGACAAGAGACGAUCACCAGUGAUGGAUCCUUGCUGUUGAAGAAGGUCACCAUGGAGCGUGCAGGACCAUACACAAUAGUGGCCCAUCUUCCAGAUUCAAAAAAAGAAAUAGGGUUUGGGCAACUUGAUGUAUAUGAAUAUCUGAGAGUGCCCACCCUCCUAGCCAGCAACUAUGUCGUCAGAGAGAAUGAAGAUAGUGUGGUCUUGACUUGCUACACAAAUGGAAAAUUCCCCCAGUGGUUUUUAAAUGGCAUGGAUCUGAAGUUCACAGACAGAAUGAAGCUGAAGUCAGACGGCAGAAGAAUCAUCAUAAAACCCGUUAUGAGGGGAGAUGCUGGGGAUUACAAGUGUAAAGUGUCCAACCCCAUCAUGUCUGCUGAAAGUCAGGGUCUUGAACUUUAUGUGCAUUUUGACUGA